UUGGGCUCUCCUUCUUUGACCCUUCUCUGUCACUCUCUCCUCCCAACCUCCUCGAAUCUGCCGACCACUACGGCUCCCUUUUUAUUUGCGUCUCUCCGCCCCAUUCAGUACCACAACGCGUAACGCGAGGCGAUAACGCAACUAGGGGUAGAGGUGCACGCAGGGAGAGGAAGAAGAAAGUGAGUGGUUGAGCGAAGAUGGGGAAUAGUUUGGGUGGGAAGAAGAAGAUAGCGAAGGUGAUGAAGGUGGACGGGACGACGUUCAAGCUGAAGCCGCCGGUGCAGGCCGUGAGCGUGCUGCGGGACCAUCCGGGUUAUAACCUCCUCGACGCGGAUGAUGUGACGCGGCUUGGCGUCCGGGCGAUGCCGCUGGAGCCGGACACGUCGCUCAAGCCCGGGAAGCUCUAUUUCCUGGUGGAGCUGCCCCGGGUCCCGAACCAGCGCGCGCCUCGUAGGGCCUGGUCCGGGGCGCUCCAGGUGAGCGCCAAGGAGCGGCUGGAGAGCCUCCGGCUCACCCGCCGCUCCCUCUCCGACCUCUCCCUCGCCACCCAGUCCCCCUCGGUCGAGGCCGAGGAGGCCAAGGACGGCACCGUCCGCCUCAAGAUGAGGCUGCCCAAGGCGCAGGUGGAGAAGCUGAUGCAGGAGAGCAAGGACGCCGCGGAAGCCGCGCAGAAGAUCAUGCAGCUUUGCGCUGCCAGUGAUGGUGCCACCCCGUCGGCCUCACCAGAGCCGACGACGCCAACCGUGAAGGUUGGACGCAAGGAGAAGAGGACGAGGUUUGUUGCAAUGCCAAACGAGAUCAUCGCGUGAAGUGCAACACUCGAGCCAAGCUGGUCAGUGAGAAGAAGCAGAAUCACUAGAUCUUGUAGUAUUUGUCCAAAAGAAAAAGAAGAUGUGGUGGGUAGGAACAUGAGAAGCUGCGUAGGGCUUCCUAUUCCCCACCCCCCACACACAAAACUAGCCUGCGUUUGUCAUUUGUUAUAUGGUACUUUACUACGCUUGAGUUGAGUGAAUGGAAUUCUCGCAGCAACACUUCCUCUUUC